UUGAAGUGACUCUGUGACUCUUAUCAACACUCUUGCUGUUGCUGUUGCGCCUACGAUAUCACGAUAUAGCCAUCACAGCACAUCACGAGACCGACUCCGUACAACACAACCCAAGCCGACGCCUACUGCAAGCCCCCGGACGUCACUUGCUGUUGCGCCUGCACCCCGCGGACAAGGGCGCUGCUAACUAUCAGAAAGGCACGAGAGGGUAACGCAGAGAAGAACUUGCUGGAGACCCAACACAACCUUUCUGGCCGCUGGUUGGGCAGGUGAAAAUUUCCACCACUGCUCCCUCUGGGCCUCUGCUGCUCCUCCCCGCCUCUGACCUCUGCGUCCCGGCUACGAAUUCCUGAUCCUUAACCCGGCGACCCGCCCAUCCUUCGCCAUCACCCACCCUUGCUCGCCUUGCCUUUUCGCCUGCGCCCCGCGUCAUCAUCAACACAGCCAAUAAAUUUCGUUUGUUGGUCUCAAUCCAUCCAUCAUGCGAGCGCCGCGUCGCACUGUACAUCAAGGUACCCAUACUUCUCCUCGACAAUCUACGACGACCGUCAACGACGUCGUUUCUGCUCUACAACGCAAAUUGACAGCAAACCAUCUCGAGCCGUCAGUAAAUGUUACACAGAGGCGGCCAUCAUUCUCAAUGGAUUCACUACUACACAAAAAGGACAAGAAACGAGAUGACUCCAAAGAUCGAGAUCCACGGGAACAAAAGCGCAUGUCGCUUUCGAUGCGCCACUCCAGCAAAUCAAAAGACCGAGCCGCGCAGCAUUCUCCUCGGUCCACGCCUAGUCAGCCAGGUCGAUUUCAAAUGAUCAUUGAGUCUCCCCCACUGGUCCUCUAUGGUGCUGUGAGCAACUCUACUGGCGCCCUCCUAUCUGGGCAACUGAAGUUUCUGGUCGAUGACCCGACAGGCGAGGUGCGCCUCAACAAUUUCACCAUGGUGUUGAAAGCCAGCAUUGCCAGCAAGAAGCCCGUCGGCAAGGAUUGCAAAGACUGUAGCGAGAAAGUGGACGACCUCAAGACGUGGGUGUUUCUUUCGGAACCCAAGACCUUCUACAAAGACCAAGACAACCAGUUUCCAUACUCAUUCCUCUUCCCGGGCCACCUUCCAGCCACAACGCAAGCGCCACUCGGCUCAAUACAGUACUCCCUUCACGCAACAGCAGUCACAUCUCAUGGCGAGAAGAUUGUGUACCAUCACCCCUUGACUAUUCAGAGAGCCGUCCAACCAGGUCCCGACAAGUCGAGCAUCCGCAUCUUUCCUCCCACCAAUCUCACUGGUCGCGUUCAACUACCCCCCAUAGUCCAUCCUAUUGGCACUUUCCCUGUGACCAUGUCCUUGAGUGGUGUCGUCGAGAAGAAAGGUGACAGCCAAACUCGAUGGCGUCUGCGGAAGCUCUCAUGGCGCGUGGAGGAGCAUAGCAAGGUGAUAUCUUCCCCUUGUGCUAAGCAUGCCCACAAGGUCAGUGAAGGGAAAUCUAUCCUGCACACGGAGACAAGGAUUCUGGGCAACGAUGAGAUGAAAUCUGGCUGGAAGAGCGAUUUCGACACUAUCGGUGGAGAAAUCAAUGUCGAAUUCGAAGCAUCCCUUGCCACCAACUCGAAGCACAAGGCAGUUUGCGACGUCGAAUCUCCAGCAGGCAUCGAAGUCAAACACAAUCUGGUCGUCGAGCUGAUUGUCGCCGAAGAGUUUUGCCCCAACAAAAGCAGCCAGCUGAUUACUCCCACUGGCGCCGCGCGCGUUCUGAGAAUGCAAUUUGCCCUCGUCGUCACCGAACGAGCUGGUAUGGGCAUCAGUUGGGACGAGGAGAUGCCACCUGUCUACGAGGAUGUGCCCGAGAGCCCUCCUGGCUAUGGCAGUGCGGACAAAAACGAUGGUGCUUGGGGUGGCGCAGUCAUGGAGGACUACCACGGACCCGCAUUAGAAUACGAAGAACUCGAGUCUAUGGGUAAUCAUGAUUCUAACGCUGCUCGACCCUCCAGCUCAGGGCUUCCGAUGCGCAGUCGCCCUCAGAGCAGCAGACGAACAGACUCUGGCGAAGGUCCCUCGACCAGACGCCAGUAUGGCCUGUUCACCAAUGACGAGUUGGGUGCGGAGCCUCCUCAGUACGUCCUAAGAGGCAGGGAAGAAUCUACGGAUAGCCAGAAUGGCCCGAUUCAAGACUAUGAGGAGGGAACAGCAUCCGGCGCACAACACUAAAACUUAUUAUCCCUUCACCCUCCCUGACGACAUUGCUUUUUGGUGGAUCAUUCCACCAUUCUUCGACCACGGUUUUGACGAACGACAUGGAUGACAUUUUCUUCCCUCGACUUUAUUUGGGCGGCUUUCUCAAAUCAAUGAUACCCCUCAACUCUACCAGCGAGCAUUCAUAUUGGCGCGUUUAUUGAUCAGGGCAUCGAAUUACUUACGUUGUUGUUUUUGAGAGCAGUCUUGAGGACUGUAGUCUUAAUGAGUUUUUCACUUCUCUACUGGAAUACCGGGGACAAAUUGGGGAAAUCCAUGGUAUCGGGACAUUUGCGUCAGCGAGUACAGGACCUGACCAGGCACUCCCAAGCUGCACAGAUUUUCUGUCUCUUUGGAACGAUUGGUCGAGCACGUUAAUGUAUGCUCCCAUUCACCAAGGGACAAUGUUUAUAGAUUCCCAACGAACGUUGGUUACUUUACAUGUUUAGGAAAGCCAUUCUCGUCAACCGUCCAAAUAUUUCUUGGGUCAUGCUAUAGAAAAUAAACUACGCCUUCCCGCUAUCA